AUCAUGCGUUUUCCGGGAGAGCAGAUGCCAAGCAACAAGUGUGACGAGCCCGAACAUUUGACUGGGUCCCUUGUCUCAGCUGUGAGACGGAUGAUCUGAGCGUGUACCUGCAGGCUGCUCCUGUGCAGAACACGCCCUGAUAGAAAAGGUAGACACACACACACACACACACACUCAGCCUGAUCACUGACCUGAAAACAACAGCCCCAAUGCUCCACCUCAGGCUCCUCACACCACCGGACACCUACCAAAUGAAAUCCAAACGAGUUUAUUUCCACAAACGUCUGGCGUAUCCCGAGGAACUUUAUUCACGCGUGCAGCUCGGAGCUCCUGGACACCCCGCGGGAUUCGAGAGAGAAAUAAGGCUGGUUGUUGCAACGGCAGAGCGUUAACCCACCGGCUCGGGCUGAGCACCAUGAGUAGGAAGGCACGGCGCUGGAUUUUCCAUUUCUUCCUUUGCCUUGGAGUAUUAUAUCUGAAAAUCGGGGGUCUGUCAUCGGUGGUUGCGCUGGGAGCGAGCAUCAUCUGUAAUAAAAUCCCCGGUUUGGCCCCCCGUCAGAGGACUAUCUGUCAGAGCCGACCCGACGCGAUCAUAGUGAUCGGAGAGGGAGUUCAGAUGGGCAUCAAUGAGUGUCAGUUUCAGUUCAGACACGGACGCUGGAACUGCUCGGCCCUGGCAGAGAGGACCGUGUUCGGGAAAGAGCUCAAAGUGGGCAGCAAGGAGGCUGCGUUCACCUAUGCUAUCAUUGCCGCCGGGGUCGCCCAUGCAGUCACUGCGGCCUGCACCCAGGGGAGCCUGAGCGGCUGCGGCUGCGACAAGGAGAAACAGGGUUUUUACAACCAGGAGGAGGGCUGGAAGUGGGGCGGCUGCUCUGCAGACGUUCACUACGGCCUGGGUUUCUCUAAGGUGUUUGUGGACGCACGGGAGAUCAAGCAAAAUGCCAGGACUCUUAUGAAUUUACAUAACAAUGAAGUGGGACGCAAGGUCCUGGAGAAGGGCAUGCGUCUGGAGUGCAAGUGUCACGGUGUGUCGGGAUCCUGCACCACCAAGACGUGCUGGACGACGCUCCCCAUGUUCCGGAAGCUGGGAUACAUCCUCAAGGACAAGUACAACCAGGCAGUGCACGUGGAGCCGGUACGAGCCAGCCGCAACAAGCGCCCCGCAUUCCUUAAGGUCAAGAAACCCCACUCAUACCGCAAGCCCAUGGACACAGAGCUGGUCUACAUUGAGAGGUCACCCAACUACUGUGAGGCUGACCCUCUGACCGGCAGCAUGGGAACACAGGGUCGCCUGUGCAACAAAACGGCUCAGCAGCCCAACAGCUGCGACUUGAUGUGUUGCGGUCGAGGAUAUAACACACACCAGUACUCACGCGUUUGGCAGUGCAACUGCAAGUUCCUGUGGUGCUGCUAUGUGAAAUGCAACACCUGCAGUGAGAGGACGGAGGUGUAUACCUGUAAAUAGAAAUAUUUAUUGGAUGUGUAUUUAGACAUCCAAUAAAUAUAUUACUGCGUGUGGAUGUAUUGGCGUGUUAAUGUAUUUAAGAAUAAGGUUUCUCUGUGGCUGGUACAUGCGUGCGGAGCAUCAGCCUUUCUGUCUUGGCAUUACAACAAUCACGACAGCCGGUUCCUCCAAUGUGUGUUGAUUCUACUGAUGCCAAUGGACAUCUGCCAUGACACUGGACUCAAGCUAUGGGCUCAUAAAUUAUUGUUUUAUUUUUCAAUUUGAAUGCCAUUUCCUGCCCCACGCUUGACUUCUCUGCAGACCAUAAUGGUCUACUAUCAUGAAUCACCUCAAAUAGUGACAUUUUUUUUCUUUUAAAAAAUAAUAAUUUAUUCAAUGAGAAAACUACUGAAGAUUUUGAAAAUUCACUGUAGACUAAAUCUUGUAAGUUGGUGCACUUAAAAGCUAAACAAAUUCUCUUUUUUUUUUUACACACUGGAGCUGAGAACUGAAACAGUCACAGAACAAAAACUGAACUUGACUGGAUGUCAUAUUUGGAAGCCUGCAGUUUAUGUGCAUUAAGCCUAGGAGAAUAAUAUUAAACUACUGUUCCUGGGCCUGCAUGAUGGGAUCGGUUUCUACUUGUUUCUAUCCCCCGUCCCCAAAGUUUGCUGCUCGUUGUCUGGAAAGUUACAGAGUUUGUGACGGAGCAGCCAUAUUGACUCUUCAAGUUAACAUCACCAGGAGCAAACGUGAGCUUCCAGACAUAAAUUCCCCCGAAUAUAUAGAAUAUAUUUUGUAAGAGAUUAUUUUUAUAUAAUGUUUUUAAUUUAUUUUCUAUCUCAAUGUAAGCUAUUUUCCCUUAGCAUUUCUAAAUGUUUAGUUAAAGACUUUACCACUAACACACUGUUCUAAAAAUGUGCCUUUUUUUUCUUAGCAGCAGAACAUAAUAAUGUUUUAAUGAAAUGUGCUGCAUUAUGAUUUGUAACUCAUUUCAAGAAACCUUGCUUUGUUACCAAUAGAGAGCCAAAGUCCUGAUGUCACCUUCAGGCUAGCUGCUGUUCCGCCAACAUUAGCUUAUAUGACUCAGGGCUCAACACUAACUUUUUAAAGUGGUUGCCGACUUGGCAACCAGGCAUCAGCCUUUGGUUGCUGAAAUUGACAAUACGGUUGCCAUGUUUUAAACUGCCUAUAUUUGGAGCAAUUCAUUUCUUAUGUAACUAUACCACACAUUUUAAUAAUGAAACAAUGAUAUAAUUAGCCUAGCUCCACCAUCCUAAGUACUUUCGCUCAAUUUUCAUUUUCCUUCAGUACUCCGUCUGGGUUUGCGGUAUAUUCUUGGGUUUUCUCCAGGCCAAAUAUUUGGCGGUCCAAUCAGCGAACAGAGGGAGUGGCUGAGAACGAUGCGAGCGAAGACAUUCGGUCCAUUGUGGCAACGCUGCCGAAUAUCCAGAAGUUAAAGCCCAAGCAAGAACAAUCUUUGCUGAGUUGUGUUGGUGGCCAUGAUGUUGUGGCCCUCCU